UGCAUAACAAAUAUUGUAUAAAAUAAUGGAUAUUACAAGAUCACUCGGCGUAGCCACCGUCCUCGUAAUUCUCUACUCCGUUCAAGCCACAGUACAAAUGGAACAAACUGAGGAAGCAAUGCGCUGCGUAGAAAAACUAAUACCGUGUCAUCCGUACAUUAACACGGACUCUCCUCCGCCGCCGUGGUGUUGCAAUCCGGUAAAAGAGAUCGUCGAGAAAGACGAGACAUGUCUAUGCGGAUUCCUCAACCAUCCGGACAUGCUUGCACUCAUUAACAUCAGUCAAGAUGACGCUCUAAAUCUCAUUAAUUCAUGUGGAGCUAGUUAUGAUGAAUCACUUUGUAGCAAUAGCACUGUUUCUUCGCCUGAUACGUCGCCGGGAGCUACGACCACCGAGAGCUCUUCUGGCAGCACGACGAAAAAUGCAGCCCUAGCUAUCAGUUUCUUGGGAUUUAGCUUCAUUUGGCUUUGAGAUGAUUUUGAUUCUUCUUAAAACCAGAAAUGAAGUUUAUAGCUUCACGUUUGUGGCUGAAACACAUCAGUAUGUCCUCCGUAGUAUUGUGAUUUGUA